AUGCGCACCAUCCUUUCUGUUGUACUAUGCUACGGAGUUGUCUUAGUCCUUGCGGCAUCGCCUUCGCCACAAUGGUCAUUCAACCUCAAAGGAAACUCGGGUAUCGUGGCACUGGAAGCCGUCGUCGUGUCUCCUACGCUUGUCGUAACAUUUGACUGGGCAAGCAAUGACCCCUUGCAGAUCAACAACCACUCGGCCUGGGGCGCAUUGUGGAAUCUCGAGACGAACACAGCGACACCUCUUAGGGUACUCUCCAAUACAUUCUGCGCAUCUGGCGCUAUGAUCAGCAAUGGGUCAAUGGUCAGUGUAGCUGGCUCCCAAGUCGAGAUGAGUGAUACCCCCAAUCCGGCCGCUGCUUCUGGUUUGAAUGCGAUCCGCAUCUUCGAGCCUUGCGAGCCUCCCACCGGAGAAGGCUGCACUCUAUUCGAGGAUCCUGAGCAUCUUACACUCGCCGUACCCCGCUGGUAUACCACCGCAAUCCGUAUUUUUGAUGGCGGCCUCAUGAUAAUCGGUGGCUCGAAUGUUGGCGUGCUCUUCUAUAACACCGCCCCGCAGAACUCAUUCGAAUUCUUCCCGCCCAAAGAUGGUGGUGUGCCUAGACCAUCCGCGUUUCUGGAAAGGAGCCUGCCGGCAAACCUUUCCCCAAGAGCGUUCGCGCUGCCUGACGGUCGCGUUUUCAUGAUUGCGGGCAACCAGACCAUUAUAUAUGACAUCGAGACGCACACUGAAACAAACUUCCCGACAUACCGAACAAUGUUCGCGUUACCAAUCCGAUCGAUGGAUCGGCCAUCUUGCUCCCUCUCUCGCCUCCAAACUACACCCCUGAGGUCUUGGUGUGCGGUGGAACUGCUAUCACGCCGGAAGAUCACCCGCCUAGCAACCUGUCCUCGCAAAUGCCCGCCUCGUCACAGUGCAGCCGCAUCACGCUUACGGAGGAAGGCAUCGCCAAAGGUUGGGAAGUCGAACAUAUGCUUGAAGCUCGGACAAUGCCCGAGCUUCUGCAUCUCCCCAACGGUCAAAUACUCCUCAUAAACGGCGCGGGCACGGGCUUCCCUGCCAUCAACUCCAUCUCCAACCCUGUCGGCGAGUCGAAUGCGGACCAUCACGUUGGAACGCCUUCCCUCUACACCCCCGACCUUCCUCUGGGCCAGAGGCUCACCAACAGGGGCAUGCCGAACACCGACAUAGCACGCAUGUACCACUCGACAGUGACACUUACUCCUCAAGGCAACUUUUACAUCGCCGGUAGCAACCCGAACGGCAAUUUCACAGAGAAGCCGGGUCUGAAGUUCCCUAGCGAGUUCAGAGUCCAGACGUUGGACCCUCCGUUCAUGCAGAUGGAGCGACCUACGAUCGGCAAACUACCGAAGACGAUCCCAUUCGGGAAGAGCGUAACCGUACCGAUUACCAUCCCGAGGAACCUUGCCGCGAAGAAUAUUCAGGUAUCGCUCAUGGACAUGGGUUUCUCCACCCAUUCGUUCCACUCCGGUGCACGCCUGGUGUUUAUGGACGCAAAGAUGUCAUCCGCCCGCGAUUCGUUGACGUUCACAGUGCCUACAAAUGGAAGAGUGUAUCCGCCAGGGCCUGCCACGGUUUUCCUGACGGUCAACGAUGUAACGAGUGAAGGGCAGCAGACGAUUGUCGGUAGCGGCAGGUCGCCACCAACGCUCGAA